AUGGCUGAAAACGACCAAGAGUGCUUGAAAAAAUUGAAAAUUUUGCGAGGCAGUGUCAAUUGGGAGUACAAACCAGAGCGACGAAAAUUUCUUCACGAACUUUAUCCAUUGAUCAGAAAAUGGAAAGGCCAACUUCCGGAUCUCCGAGAUAUCUUUCGAACCGAGGAUAUCGACUUGCUUCUCUCGGAGACCAUCGGGUCCGUGCAGACGAAUGAUGAUUACUACAAUAAUCUAGUUCCACUCGUCAAGUUCGUAAUCAAGACCGGCUACAAAGACGAGCCCGGCGAGUCGUCAUCCUCGCGACAUCGCACCACGCCGUUGCAUCGCGCGGCUAGACGCCCCGCCAAUUACAAAAAUUAUAGCUUGCUUCGCGAGCUCUUUAAAAUUUACGACAAUUUCGUCGUGAACCACGCCGACGAGUUUAACCUCACUCACCUGCACGUGGCCUGCAUGUCCGACUGCGUGCAGGUCGUCGAGAGAUUCAUCGAGCUCGGCCACGAUCUCGACUGUAUCGAGCGCAGAUCGGGCGAUUCGCCGCUUCACGUGGCCGUGAAAAAUAACCAAACAGAAGUGGCCGAACUGCUUCUGACGAAUGGCGCGGAUCCGAGGAUAGUCAACGCGACGGGAUCCAAUGCGCUGCAAAGGAUGUUUGCGCCGCAGAGUUACAUCGAUGAUUCCCGUGCGACUGGAUUGCUUCGUAUCGCCGAUGAAAAACAUCAUCUGGUGCCGAUCAUCGACGCCCGGGACAAGGAAGGCGACGCACUGCUGCAUUUGGCUCUUUCUCGCGGCGACGAGAGGGCAGUCGAAUUGCUGCUGACGAAAGGCGCCAGUCCGAAUCUGCCGAACGAGAGAGGACUGACUCCUCUGCAUAUCGUUUACGAGAAGAAGCAUCACGAUAACUUGGCGGAGCUGUUCUUUGCGAUUAUCGACGCUCUUGGGCGGACGGUGCUGAUCGACGCCGUGGACGAGCGGGGCAAGACACCGCUGCACUACGCUCUGGACUGCGGUCAUGGACACUCACGAUUGCUGCUGCGAAGAGGCGCCAGCCCAAAUUUGGCCGACGACGAGGGAUCGACUGCUUUGCACGUCAUUUCGCGGCUAAAAAAAGACGACGAUUCGAUGAAGCUGUUCUUCGAGAUCGUCGACGAGGUCGGUCGAGCGACGGUGCAGGUCGACGCCGUAGACAAGCUAGGCCUGACACCGCUACAAUUGGCCGUGGCGAAUCUCAAGCCGAAUCAGGUCGGUUUACUCUUGGAUCGCGGCGCCGAUCUGUCCAACUUCGUUUUUCCCUCCGAGAGCUCCAUCGAUGCCAGAUUCAAAUGGCGGUACGUAUCUAAAGUAGAAUUUCUCCUCGAUAAAUUGAAUCUGUCGUCCGGCUUCGUGGCCUGCCUCGAACAUCUCGAGAAGAGAGGCUACGAGCUGGAUCGAAGCGACGCCUGGACGCUCAUGAAAUUAUUCGCCAAGUACGGAUUCGUCGCGAAGUCGGCGACGAAUCGCCCCGAAUAUUGGUACGACGACGAGGAGUUCGCGAUCGAGGCGAAAAAAUCAAUGAUACGCUCGGGUCUGUCCCUCUACGACUUGAUUCGGCUGCAACCCAGAGAGUUGGUGAAACGACUCACGCAUACGGACGAGCCAAACAUUCGGAAAUGGACGAAUAGUUGGUGGCUCACAAAAAGCAACAAGGCAAGGGCUUGUAUCGCGCAUCUGUGCGAGAAAAUGUUGAGAAGAUUUUUUCAACGUUGGACACUGGAUCCUUUCUGGAAACUGAUACACUAUCGACUGCCGAUUCUCUGCUGUGACAUGAUCAUCGAGGAGCUGACAAACCAAGAUUUAUAUAAUAUUUGUUUGGUGGCUGAUAGACAAAAUGACGAGGAGCGUAAGAAAAAUUCAACAAGUAUGAUGGAAUGUCAGAGCGAAGGAAGCGUGGAGAGAGCUCCAAAAAAAUUUAAAAAAUAA